AUGCUAUUCUUCAAGGAAUCGGCGCUCCGUAUGAGGAAAUCAUCUGGGUCCCUCCCUCUUGGCACGACCACUUUAUUCACAAAGUGGUUGUGUUCCUCAAAUCCUUCCCAACACCCUGAUGACUACGUUGUGAUAAUUAUAUGUGGUCUGCAACGUCAUUUGGUCUUGUGUAGAGCCACAGAUAAGUCAUGGACUUCCUUGCCAGGUGGCGAUUAUUACGAAGACAUCAUCCACUACGAGGGGAAGUUCUACGCGGUGCGUAAAAAUGGAAGUAUUGAAUCGUGGGAUUUCGCCUUCUCCUUCCCCAAGAGAAGAGAUGUAGCGACGGUAAAAGUCGUUGGAUUGCCUUGCAAGAAGAAAUACUUAAUAAAAACGUCGGAGUAUCUGCUGCUGGUGGGGAGGAGCGUGAGGUAUCAGGAGAUUGACAGUUUUAACGGGUUUUAUAAAACACUUGGGUUUGACGUUUUCAAAUUGGAGGAAGAGGAACAAGGAGGGAAUACUACGAAACCCAGUUGGGUGCAGGUGAAGAACAUAGGAGACAAUGUGUUGUUUUUGGGCGAGAGCGAGUCCAUAUCCCUGCGUGAAUUGCCGGAGUGCAGUGAGGAUUGUAUAUAUUUCACGGACGACGACGAAGGUGCACGCCUGAAUAUAAAUACACUUCUGGGAGGUCGUGACUUGGGCGUCUUCAGCAUACAAGAUGGAAUUAUCAAGCCAUACUACCCUAACAAUGCCCGGCGACUGUUUCCUCGUCCUAUACGACUCCAACUUCUUACGCCCCCCGUUUGGUUUGCGGAAUAG